UUUAUUUUUUCUCUGCACGGAAUUGCGGUAAAUGUUCCUUUCGUUCCAAAUAUAUAUUGCUAAAUAUUCUCGGUACUGUGCCUUUAAGAAUUGUUUAGGUUUGCACAGUAACGGAAGAAGAAGUGACGCUAGAACUAGGAUCACAUGAGAAAUAGUCUGUAUACAAUAAGAAAGGUUUGGAAUUUAGAAAAUAGUUGCAACUGGCGUAUGAUUUUACAAUUAAUGACGCGUGGAUGCAAAGAACAACAUUUACUACUUGUACUGUUACGACUUGUUUUUAUGUAUUUCUGGUAAACAACAGAACAUUGUACUCACGUGCUGCUAUAUUCUGUACAGUAUCAAGACACUUUGCAGAACAUUUCCGCAGAUAUAGCCAGGCCUAGUUUUCUUUGUGAUGUGGUACAGCAGGCGCAUUUCAUAACAUGUAAAUAAUGAGCAGACGGACCUUAUUUGGCAAAAAACUCACUAGCAAUCCAGUACGUCUGUGACAGAUGUAUGACGACGGAUGCUUUAUGAAAAUAAACUAAACAAAAUGUCGUCGGAACAAAUGAUUGCCAUUAUGAUCGAGGAUAGAACUUACAGUGUAAGCAAAAGCAAGCUUAUCGAGAAAAGCGAUUAUUUUCGAGCUCUGUACAGUUCGGGCAUGAAGGAAUCUGAGGAGGAUUCGGUGCAGUUGCAGGGACUCAGCGUUCACGGUCUGGAACUUGUCAUAGAGUUCAUAAAUACUGCUAAAGUGCAGAUUGAUAACGAGACCCUGGAGGACUUAAUCGAGACGGCGUCUUUCCUGCAAGUGACUUCCAUUCUCAAGCUACUUCUAUCCGAAAUCAAACUGGACAACUGCGUAGAACUCUACAAACUUGCCGAGUUCUACGGCAUCCACGAUCUGAGGAGUGCUUGUCUAAAGUUCAUGACCUGUUACUUCCAUCCGAUGUUGCGGAGGCAGGAAUUCAGACACCUUCCCACCGCCUUCCGGCAGCAGGUACGGGACCUGAGGAUGAAAGGGACGGCUACUUUAAUAGCUAUUGGGGACUUCAUAGGCACCUCCCUGGACUUAGCCCACCAGGACGAGCCCUGGUCCAUGUUGAGAUAUGACGAGGUGUCUCAACGUUGGCUACCUCUGGCUAGCAACCUGCCUUCUGACAUGGUGAACGUCAGAGGGUAUGGGUCCGCAGUUUUGGACAACUACCUUUUCAUAGUAGGGGGCUACAGGAUGACUAGCCAGGAAAUAUCUGCUGCUCACUGUUACAACCCCUGUCGAAAUGAGUGGAAUCAGAUUGCAUCGCUAAACCAGAAAAGGUCUAAUUUUAAGCUCCUGGCUGUGAAUGGAAAGCUGUAUGCAGUUGGAGGGCAGUCUGUGAGCAGUGUAGAAUGCUACAACCCUGAGCUGGAUUGGUGGAGUUCCGUUGCUUCUCUCCCAGACCCCCUUGCUGAGUUCUCAGCCUGCGAGUGCAAGGGCAUGAUGUAUGUGAUGGGAGGGUAUACAGCACGAGACAGGAACAUGAACAUUUUGCGGUACUGCCCCAGCUCUGACACCUGGUUCGUAUUCCAGGCAUGUGAGGUCCACAUCCGCAAACAGCAGAUGCUCUCCGUGGAGGACACCAUCUACCUAGUUGGCGGCUACACCCAUGAGGUUGAGCCCAAGAAGAAGACAAGUCAGACAGAUGACAUGCUCACAGUUCAGUCCUAUAACAUCAGCACGGGGGAGUGGCUCUACCUGAAAGAGAACACUUCCAAGUCAGGACUCAACUUGACCUGCACCCUACACAACGAUGGCAUCUACAUCAUGAGCAGAGACAUAGCCUUGCCCACCAGCCUUGAACACAGAGUGUUCCUCAAGUACAACAUAUUCUAUGAUGUGUGGGAAUCCUUCCGCAGGUUUCCAGCAUUCGGGCAAAAUAUGCUGCUUUGUUCUCUAUACCUACCUAACGUAAUUUAAGUGUAUUUAUUAAUGACUCUGACAUGAUGUUUUCUCACUGCUAAAGUUACUGCGGGCGCUGUAAAGGUGUGAUUAGAUGUCUUAAUAAAUUGGUAACAUGUAAUGCAUUACCAUUCCGCUACCUAGGUGUCAUUUAGCCCAUCAAUGAUCUGCUUCCUAGCCUCUGACUGAUCCCUGAACUUUAUCUUGUUGGUUCUUAAAGCCUCUCAGUGAUUCAGCAUUGACGGCUUAGCAACUCAUUCCAUACACUCACCACUCACCACACUACUUACUAUUCUAACUCUUCGCUCAAUUUCCAGCUGUGUUCUUUGGUCUUGGUCUCUGUGAACUUUGGCAACUUAUUUUUGAAAAUUUCAACUAGAGAUGCAAGUCAGUUAUGAUCAGUUUGGUUUUUCAGUUGUUUUUGACAUCCGAUAGUUUUUCAGUAAAACCAAAAUGAAAGUAUAAAACCAAAAAACUGGACUGAAUUCUUCCAACCAGUGGAGUAUUACAAACAUGUUGUUUUUUUAUUUAACUAUGACAAAUAAACUGAAUAGAGUAUUACUGCAUCACACAUAGGAAUCUAUUAUACUACCAGACACAAUAUUGAAAGAAUAAAAUAAUGUAUUAACUUUUUUGCAUUCAACUUUAUUUUUUGCUGCAGUCAGUUGGAAGUGGCAAAUCAAGUCUGUAGUACUACAGCUCAUGAUGGUUUUUGAAAUAAAAAUAGUUUAAUCAUUAUGUUGGCUUCAAAGCGACUGAUGUUUUGGCAGCAUUUUAACAGUUUCUGAAGAGAAAAUGUUAUGUAGAUUUAUUUAAGCAAAAAACUAAAGCUAGAACUGAGACCUGCCACCAACCCCCAAAAACAUACGCAACGUUCUCGUUUUAACGUUCUUGUUUGCCUCUUACACAAUAUGAUUAAAGACAAACAAAACUAAUUUCAAUACAUGCACCGCAAAUUACCUGUUCACAGAAGCAUCUAAUUGAAAGCAGCUUCCAGACAAUUGCACUCUAUUAUUAAGAGUGCUGUUUCUCAAACUACUAUCAGGCAUAACUUUUGCUUGUUUUGCAGCUUCACCCAAUUUACUGCUGAUCCAGUUUCACAGUGGUUUGGGACCUCAACUAACAUUUCCUUUUCUUUCAAUACUUUUGCAUUUGGCUGUUUUAGUCAGUUUAGCACCAUUACUAAUUUUUUAUUAAGUCUAAAUUAGGUUUACACAGAGUAAUCUGACAGAUGCGACUAAAAACCUUUUUUUUUUUUAUUGAAAAACUUUCAGCCCUUCAUUUCUUAGGGUGCAGUUUUUGAACAAAAAUUGACAUUAGAGUUUGCAGGCUGAGUGUUUGCAUAUUCUUGCUUCUACUAGCAUCAGCACUAGCACCUUUCAUCAACAAACCUAAAAAGAAUGAAGCCGUGCUUAUGCCUCUGAGGGCUGUCAUAAUCAACCAGGUAAGUCCUGAAAUAACUUUUGAUUUAUGUUACUAUAUUAACAUUAUUAAGGGGUGUUAAUAUGAACCUUCCACAUGCAGAAAAGUGUGUGAUAAAUUACUUAUGAAUUAGCUUAUUUCUGAGACCACCAACGCUUUUCAAAUUCCACUUUCCGUUUAGUUUUCCGUUUGGUUCUAUUUUUUGUCGGUAUCGUUCAGUUUAGAAUAUUGAGUUUGGAAAAAAUCAUAACUAUUGCAACCCUAUUACAACUUCUUCAACUUAAACAAAAAGUUAGUAAAACUAAAGGAACAUCUUAGUUCAGUGGUGGACAUUAAAAUGAGGUUGAGACCAAAAACACACCUUUGUACAGUCAUAUCAUUAUUGUCUUUAUUUAACACAAAUUAUGUUAGCAUUGUGACUGUAUAUGUUCUUUCAAGCUCUUCAGAAGCUUGCAGUUAUCUGUCUGAUUGUUCAAGUGAUUGUAGCUAACAAAAUAAUCCAAUAAUCAUACCUGUUAUGCACUUUUAUUAGUUAUAUAGGUCUUGAAUGUGCAGUUUUGAAAGAGACACAUGUUAUAGCACAUGUAUUUUAUUAUAAAGCAUUAUAUUAUGGUACUAUACUAGGUUUGCAAGCCAUGCUUUCAGGUAAUGUUGCAUUUCCUUGGUCCCCACCCCAUCCCUUCCAUUUAUGUCCUGUAAAAAAUUGAACCUAUGGAAUUGAAUAUUACCUUUUCACACAAAAAAAUGUGAAAUUCGCUGCAAAGAAAACCAUUGAAACAGGUUUGGCUUUUGGACAAAAACUCUGCGAUCAUAACCCUGUCCUUCUGAAUUUGCAUAUAAUCUGAAGACAAUAUGGAUCAGGUGCAUGCUGCUGCACGGUCUUUGCUCCAAGAAAGAAAGAGAAGAAUGUGGAUUCACCCUAUAAUAAUGAGCAACAGGAAACCUUAGGGGAGUACCAGCAUCUUGUGCAACAGCUGAAAUAUACUGUAUAUAUUUAUAUAAUCUCAAAUUGUGUUAUUGAUAACAAAUAAUCUAAACAAUGUUGUUGGCAGCAAAACUGGAAGUACAGACAGGACUACCAAAUACAAUCAUUUCGAUGCAUCCUGAUUUUUAUUAAAAACAAAAAAAUACGGUAAACUCAGGAAGGUGGUACUGUCAAUGCAUAACAUCAGACAGUUACAUUAUUGAAGAAAAAAUACACGUAUACUAUGAUUGACAUAAAACAGUUUUAGACUGUUUAAUUUUCUGUAAAUACAAUACCACUUACCUGCUUAUACUAUUGCAUAUAAUUAGAUACAUGCUUUUGUUUUGUAGUUCAGUCUGUAUAUAAUAAUGGUCUGUGGUAUCUCAUGCACUUUGUAGAAGCAACCACCCAGACAACAAAAAUCUGUACUCAAAACUGUUUAUUUUAACAUACCAAUAGUGCUUCCUUUCCAAUUUCCUCAUUUUACUAUAAUUUCUGUUUGUAUUGUUUAUCGAGAUAUUUCUUGAGCUGUUUAUCAUAAAGAACAAGAUAUUCUGCACUGCUAUAAUCAGACGUUCCACCAUCAUGCCUGUGAUAAUUGACACGCAAGUCUGAAUACAAAAAUAGCAGCUAAACAUUGGCCGUAAAAAACAUAGCGAAUAAACGCUGUAGUAUGAUUAGCCCUUAAUUCACCAACCAGGUGCUCCACUAUUGCAUGACAGUAAUAUGCUUUGACCCAGAAGACACUGCUGAGGUGAAAUGACUAUGCUAGUGGAAGCCUAACAAAAGUCUUGAGAGAAAACUCAGAAUUUUCUUUGACCUAAUAGUUUAAAAUUAAAAUGCAUUUUUUUUUUAUUUAUUUUUUUAAUACAAUGAGUUUCUUUCAGAACUGCUUGUUUGGAGACCUAUGUAGCUAAUGGAAGUGCAAAACAAGUAGGAUGUAAUUGUUUUGUUGGCAACAAUCACUUUCACUGCUUGAACAAGCCAGCCAAAGUAUUGUUUCAGAGAAGGUGCUAUGAAAUGAUCUUGUGAUCUUUGUUGAAAGUGUAAGAUUAGCAUUGCUCAGCUAUCUCUCUAACUUGUCUUUAGCUGUAGUGUAUGGCCCAAGCACGAUUAUUGAAAUCAUAUAGAAGUGGCUAUGAUAAACUGGGUUGCACUGAAUGUAAAACCACUGUAGAAAAAGAUGAAUCCUGCAGAUCAUAUCCCAUUACCCUGUCUUACCCACAGGGGGUCAGAAUCAUUUAUAUAAGCAGAGCCUUCCUGUUUGAGGGGAUCACAUGAGGGUGUGUAGCUGGUAAGUCAAUCAGUAUGUUUACAUGCAUUUAGUAUUCUGCAUACUGCAGUAUGCCACAUUUGUGUAUGUAUAUUGUGUUUACAUGCUAUAGAACAUGCCAUUCCCCAUUUACACAUAACUUUGGUAGUGUGAUUAAUACUAAAUCGCACUAAUUAACACGCAUGUGCAAAGUUCCAUGUAAACAAAUAAGGUUCAGUGCACAUGUCUUUCUUUUGGGGGAAUUCCAUCAGAAGUGUACAGAUGUUGGUUUAGAGCUGUUGGGUAUUCUUGAAAAGGGAAAACUUUUUUUUUUUUUUUUUUUUUUUUAUAAUUUUGAGAAAAUAGUAAUUUGUUGUCCAGUUCAUCUCAGUAGUUUUUCAUUUUAAAUGGUAAUCAUUUUGAUUUAAUUUAGGCUUAAAGUCAAUAUUGAAAAAAAAAAAAACUGAUUAUGUUUUAUUUUUCCCCACCUUUUUUUAAAAAGACAGAUUAGAAAAUUACAUUCAAUGAUCUUAUUUACUUUUCACUGUAUUUUCUAAGAAUACAUGGAACUGGCCUCCUGGGAUGUGGAGUUUGGAGAAAUACAAUAAACCAUGAAAACCUG